AUGAGUAAUCCCAAUAUACAAAUAGAGAGUUCACCGAAAAUUGUUAACCUUGCCAAUUUUGAGAAAUUCUGUGGUGUAAAUGAUUAUAACGUAGAACUAUACUUGCUACUGCUUUCAUUCAGUAAUCUAGCCUAUUAUUUAUAUAAUCAUACUUACUCAGUAUUUACGCUUGUCAAAUUCAUAUUAACUUCGAGUCUAACCAUAAUUAUCAUAGCUACAUAAAAAAAACUUAAUCCCAUGAUUGCAAGACUUAUUAAAUUUGUUUGCGACGUAGUUUCCAUUACUCAAUUAAUAUCGAGUGACGAAUAUAGUAGUCUAGCGAUACUCUCAUUGAUUUUCGAUAAGGGAAUUUGGGUUUAAAGACAAGAGAAUUACCAAUAUUUAUUGAAUUAUCUAAUACUCAAGAUUUUAGGUUUAAUAUUUAUCUCAGUUUAUUGGAACAAUUGGGUGUUCAUCAUAAUUAUAUGCAAUACUAUCGUGCUUGAGAUUUAUAAUAUAAUAAUCUAGUAUGUUUAGAAAGGUCAAAGAUCAAAAUAUAAAUUAAGUAAUAAAAAAGAUAAAAAAUCUGUUGAGAGUCAGAAAAUAAUAACUGAUAAUAAAAAUUUAGUAGACAAUCAAAUCUAGAUUGAUAUCCUAAGCAGCAACAAUGGCGACAUUGAAAACCUCAUUAAAAAUGAAGAUCUCUGGAUAAAAAGAAUGCAUGCCAUCCCCAUCUCAAUUAUAAUUCUCAAUAAAAAAUCUUUGGGAAUUAAAUUCAAAAACGAGACUGCCAAGAAAAAUUUCAAUACUUUAUGCUACGAUGAUAACCAAAUUAAUGAUUUGAUAAUGAAUAAAUUGGAGUUCACAAUUUUGGAAGACAGUUUAGAAAUGCUUAAAAAUUCAAGUAGCCAUAUUGCAAGAAAACAAUUCUUCAAUAGACCUGUUAACUAAUCAGGUUCCAGCUUAUUCGAUAUGGAGACUCUAAAAAAACUAUCGCUUAGACAGAUUCUACUAAAUUUCAUAGGAGGAGUCUAUUACAAUCUCAUUUAACCUUGCACAAAUUCUAUAAAUUUGUAUUGCCAUCAAGUGUUGGAUUCUUAAUAGUUUUAAAUGAAUGGCACUAUCUUCUGGAGUAAUGAGGAUGAUGAAUUAACAAUAAUCUUGUCAGACAUAUCUAAAUAAAUGCAAUUGUAAUAAUUCAUUGUAAAAGAUGAGUUUUAAAAAAAAGUAUAUUAACUAAUUAUUUUUAGGUUAUAGAAUCACUCUCACAUGAACUCAAGACUCCUUUAAAUAGUUCUAUAAAUUUCAUUAAAUCUGCCAUAGCAAAUGAAUAACUACCCUAAUAAAUUAAGAAAUAAUGUUUGGAGCCUGCAUCAAUCGCCUUAUAGUUACAAUCGUAUAUCAUCAAUGAUGUCAUAGACUUUUCAUAGUUCUACAAUAAUACCUUAGAUGUUUGUGUAAGGGAAUUUUAGAUCAAAGAUGUUAUCAAUGAAAUUACAAGCAUUUUUAAUCUAUAAUUCUAAGAAAAAGGUUUGAAUUUUGUGAUAGAUCUAACUAAGAACACGUAAACUUCUAUGGCAACCGAUUACAAUAGACUAAUGCAAAUCUUAGUAAAUGUUCUUUAAAAUUCCUUAAAAUACACAUAUCAUGGAGGAGCUAUUCUAAAAAUUAAAAACUUAGAGGAUGGAGCAAUAUAAUUUUCAGUUUCUGAUACAGGAAUAGGAAUCAAAUAAGAUAUUACUAAGAAGUUGAAUACCUACGUGAAUUAAGUGGAUAAUUUAAGACAUUUUUCAAAGCUAAAAUCUUGGGAUGGUAUUGGAUUGCUGAUUUCAAGCAUUUUAUUGCAUUAACUGAAUCCACAAUUAUCAGAAACAUUUUAGAUAAAAUCCAAAUAACAAAAAGGCACUAAGUUCAAAUUUAAAAUUAAAUAAAUUUUAAUUGAUGAAAUAAGUGAAAACAUUGAUGAUUUACUAAAAAAGAAAUCAGUUAGAAUUAAAAGAGCAUCGAAUGACAAUUAUUAAAAUAGUCUUGUAGGAACAGUUAUCCUGGUCAAUGAAAAUCUAUUAUCCUCCUAAAAUUUAGGAUUAAAUGGUAUGCAAAAGGGUUCAAUUAAUAAAUUACUUAAGGGAACUUGUGAAUACGAUCAAGAAUCUGUGGAAUCACCGAAUUAAUAAUUAAAUCUAUCUAAUCAGUACAUAUAAUUGAAGAAUUAGCAGCAUAAUUUCAUCAUUAAUAUAAUAGAGAACAAAAAGCAGAGUGUGUCUUUUGAUGUGCAAUCAAUGAAAUCAUCCUCAAUGAAGUAAGUCUAAUAUAGUUAAUAAUUAGAUCAAAAAUACUAAGUUUUACAAAGUUGAAAAUGAUGGAAAGGUAAAACCACGAUGCUGCCUUAAAUAAAUUUAAGAAGAAACUGAAAUGUAAGUGCAGAAGGAUAAUGUCAGUAGAUGAUGAAAUUUUUAAUUAAAACUCAAUCAAAUUAUUGAUCGAGAGAUUCGGCUUUGAAGUGAUCAUUGUAAUUAUGAAUACAUUAUUUAAGGCGUACAAUGGUCAAGAGGCAAUUACUAAAAUACAGCAACUACAAAAAUGCUCUAAGGAAUGUGAACUUUUGAAUUUAAUUUUGAUGGAUUACUCAAUGCCAAUAAUGGGUGGUAUUGAAUGUACUAUUUAAUUGAAUAGAAUGAUGUAAGAGAAGAUAAUCCCAAAAAUCAAUAUUAUAGGAUUGACUGCAUUUACUAGUAAAUUAGACAUCGAAAGUUGUCUAGAAGCUGGGAUGGUAGAAGUACUUUUUAAACCUUUAAAGCUCAACGAUUUCUGUGAGUUACUAACAAUAUUAUGA